UUACCACUGUAUGAUAUAUUGAACCAAUUCCAAAACGGGCACAGCCACAUGGCUGCUGUUGUGAAGAGCAAGCACAAUGUUAAGGACACUGCAGGAAAUGCAACAGACAAAAAUGACAUGAUCAUGAUAAACAUCAAUUCAAACUCAUCAAUAUUACAAAAACAAGCAGAGGGAAAAGGAAUUGAGAUCAAGCAACAAAAGAGUAUUUCUACACAUACACCACCAUUUGUGACUUCUAGCGACACUACUGAGAGUCAGAGUCCAGCAUUACAGUACAUAGCGGAGCGAUGCAGUGACAGUUGGAACCUCCAACCAAAGAAAGGAGGUGAACAAGGAGAUGCAAAUAAAACAAAGGAAGUUUUGGAAUCACUUCCAGAUCAAGAGGAAGAAGUCAUUGGUAUCAUUACUAUGGAAGAUGUUUUAGAGGAACUCUUACAGGUUAGUAAUAUAUAUAACUAAUUAACUAGUAUUAAUAAAUACUAUGAUGUACUUCAUGCAAAUGUUAUUUUGUGUUCCAUUAUAGUUAAUUAAUAUUGCUGCUUCAGAUAUAACUUAUAGAAGUUAAUUCUGUCCAAGUACACAAAACUAGCUUCAAUAUGAACGCUUUUCUUCCAUAUAGGUGAUAGGAAAUUUCGUAUAUGUAAAUAUUAGAUCAGUCCUUUCAUAUAUGCUUUUCUUUCCGCAAGCCUUCUAGGUAUCCUGAUAAAAUACCUAAAAUUUUAUUCACAAAAAAGAAAAAGAAAAAAAACAGUAAUGGUUUGUGGUUCAAAUUCUUUUUUAAUUUAAACCUCACCAUAUCUAGACAUGGCACUGUUUUUUCUGAGUUCUUUUUCUGGGUACAUAGACUUAAUGUGUUUUUUUUGUUGAUGAACUAAUAUUUGUGUUUUGUUUUGAAGGAAGAAAUACU